CGGCAUGAUUUAAGAGGGUCAAUGGGAUUACUGUAAAUAUCUUCAAUUAGCGGAUACUUUUUUAAACAGGAAAUAUUCCGCAACCAAGAAAAUUGAUAGAUUGCUGCAUAUAUCAAGGAAUUUGAUUGAGUAGCAGUUCACUCACUCUCGCACGCGUUUCUGUACUCUUCUCGUUUCAUCAGUUCUCCAUCUCCUUGUCAACUCCAACACGCGAUCAAUCCUUCUGUACAACUGCAUGUGCGCGACGGCAUUACCCACGAGUUCAGUGGAGCUUCAUUUCUGUGGCUUUCAUGUGCAUUUCUGCAAGACUUUACCAAAGUGAUCAGAUCCGCAGGCAUACACAAGCUAAACGCAGCUAGUAUAUUUUGCUGUUAAAUGUCAAUAUCCGAUCCCAGCACCCGUCAGCCUCCCGGUCCGCGGCCGCCGGAGCCCGAUACCAGGGCAACACUACCGUCUUCUUGGGCUAAGAGGACCGGGUUUAAGCCCAAGUUCUCCGGCGAGACCAAUGCCAGCGAUUCUGGUCAGAUAACCUUGCAGCCCAAGCCAAGAGAGGCUCCAGCCAACCCGGAUCUUGAAGCGGGUCGGGCGAGGUCAUCGCUGGCCGGGAAAGGCGAGGCCGGAGGUGAGAAGGUUGAACCGCCGCCAAAGAAGGAACACACGGUGAAGUUCAGGGAUCCUGACGAAGCGCCUACGCGCUCGGUUCCCAGUACCAAUGCCCAGGCACCAGUAAAGCCGGUGGACAAGUCGUCGAGGCCGCGGAGUUCGAUAAGGCGCGAGCAAGUGAUCGAUGUCUUGCCUCAGUCUGUAGGAGAGAAUGGGCUAGCGUCAAAGCGGUCGCGAAUGAAAUAUGAGCUCCGGGAUUCCCCUGGUCUUGUUCCCAUUGGUCUAUACGGUAUGCAGCAUUACAUCUCAAUGUUAGGUUCGUUGAUUGUCAUUCCUCUCGUCAUCGCUCCUGCCAUGGGGGGCACUCAAGAGGAUACUUCUGCGGUGAUAUCUACAGUGCUCUUCAUGUCGGGAGUGAGCACACUUUUGCAUACUACUUUUGGGUCCAGGUUGCCCCUUGUACAGGGCCCUUCUUUUGUUUAUCUGGCUCCAGCACUGGCAAUAAUCAACUCCCCGGAGUUCCAGGGAUUGAAUGAAAAUAAAUUCAAGCAUAUAAUGAAAGAACUACAAGGUGCUAUUAUUAUUGGAUCAGCUUUUCAGGCUUUACUUGGAUAUACUGGACUCAUGACACUGUUAGCACGGUUGAUCAAUCCUGUGGUUGUGUGCUCAACCAUUGCUGCUGUUGGACUUUCGUUUUUCAGCUAUGGUUUUCCUGUGCUUGGCAAAUGCCUCGAGAUUGGUGUAGUACAGAUAUUAGUAGUUAUUGUUUUUUCUCUUCAUCUACGCAAGAUAUCUGUUCUUGGUCACCGUACAUUUCUAAUAUUUGCAGUUCCUUUGGGUCUGGCAAUCACAUGGGCAAUUGCUUUCUUGUUGACUGAAGCAGGAGCUUAUAGCUACAAAGGCUGUGACAUAAACAUACCUGCCUCUAAUAUGGUAUCAGACCACUGCAGAAACCACGUCCUGAGGACGCAGUAUUGUCGAGUUGAUAUUUCUCACGCAUUGAAAUCUUCCCCAUGGUUUAGAUUUCCUUAUCCACUACAAUGGGGAACUCCAAUCUUCCACUGGAAAGUGGCUGUUGUUAUGUGUGUGGUAUCCUUAGUCUCAUCAGUUGAUUCGGUUGGUUCCUAUCAUGCAUCUUCGUUAUUGGUAGCAUCCAAGCCUCCAACUCCUGGAGUUCUUAGUCGAGGAAUUGGUUUGGAGGGACUUUCUAGUUUAUUGGCUGGCCUCUGGGGAACUGGAACUGGAUUUACCACACUAACAGAAAAUGUUCACACAAUUGCUGUGACUAAAAUGGGAAGCCGCAGGGCAGUUGAAUUGGGUGCUUGCUUUCUGAUAGUGUUGUCUCUUGUGGGCAAGGUUGGGGGGUUGAUUGCUUCAAUUCCUGACGUGAUAGUUGCUGCUCUUUUGUGCUUUAUGUGCGCAAUGCUCGCUGCUCUGGGCUUGUCAAAUCUACGUUAUAGUGAAGCUGGAAGCUCUCGCAAUGUGAUUAUUAUUGGGUUGUCGUUGUUUCUCUCUCUCUCCAUACCUGCCUACUUUCAACAAUAUGGUAUAGCUCCAAAUUCCAACAUGUCCGUGCCAAGUUAUUUUCAACCCUAUAUUGUGGCUUCCCACGGGCCUUUUCAUAGCAGAUCCGGAGGGUUGAACUAUGUGGGGAACACGCUUUUAUCACAACACAUGGUGGUAGCGUUUGUUGUGGCUGUUAUUCUGGAUAACACAGUACCUGGGAGCAGGCAAGAACGGGGGGUGUACGAUUGGACUGAAGCCGAGGCUGCUAGAAGUGAGCCUUCUGUUGCUAAAGACUAUGGAUUGCCCUUCCGAGUUGGCAAAGUUUUCAGGUGGGUGAAAUGGGUUGGGCUCUGAGGCGCCAUAUUUGUUGGCUCAUCAAAAUCACGUCCUCUUCGAGGGACACCCAUUCUCACGACAUCUUCAUUUCAUAUCUAUAUGGCUUUCUGGAAAUUUCUGACGCAGGAUGAGAUGUCUUAGUAAAAUAGGUUUUGUGGUGGAGAUAUUUUGUGUCCGUUGAGAUUCAAGAUGGAUCUGAUUCCGGCUGUCACUCGCUAGAUUAACCAUGUACGUAGUUUUCAUUCCUUCUUCAAAAUCUCCCUGCUUGCUUUGUGGCGGGAUUUCAUUCAUCAUCCUGGCGGUGUAUAUAUAAUAUUAUAUUUUAAAGUUCAAUUCUUUUGCUGUUGGAUGCAACUUCA